AUGGCGAGAGACGGCCGAUCGAGCUUUGCCAGUCGCGUUUUUGAGCUGGGCCGGCAAGUAUCUGAGAAGGUGGACAUUGAGAAGGCACGGGCGGAAGCGGUAGACGACCUCUUGGGCUAUUCACCGGAAACCAUCGAGUGUGCACUUGCAAAGGUGGCCAUGGAGGAAGUAAACGCCCGUAUACUAUCUGCUAGCGUCCAAAUGCAGAGUGGGGAGCUCGAAGGAGCCAUAACGGAAUUUCUUGCUGCUUUCGAUAUCUACGAGUCACAGCCUGUACUGCAAAGCCGCGAAUUCUGUACGAAGCACAGCAACGUCGGCGCUGCUUGCCUUGGCGGCAUUGGAUUGGCAUGGCGCAUCAUUGGUUCACUUGAGUUUGCUUUGAAGUUCUUUCGAGCCGCCGUGUCUGAGCAAGAACGUGUGUUCGGAGACGCACUCGAAAGAGAACAUCUCGAGGCAAUCGUAUUGUACAAAAAGAAUAUAGGUGAAAUACUCGAAGAACUUGGCGAAACUGACAAUGCCCAAUUGGAGUAUCAAGAGUGCUUAUCGAGCACGGUUGGGGGUGACAAGAGGGACGCUUCGGACCUCGUCGAUACUGGGGGUCUGCGAGUAAAGCUUGGCGAUUUGGACGGCGCGUUAAAGGCAUUCAUGGAGGCUCUAGCAAUCUGCGAGUCGGAAAAUCGAGACCAGGAUCUCCAAGCAGCGCAGAUACACUUGGAAGUUGCCCGGGUGUUGGAACAGAAAGGGGACUUUGCUGGAAGCCUACAAUCGUUUGAGAAAGCAUUGACGAUAAAGCGGAUUCUCUACGGAGAAGAGCACAGCGAAGUCGCUACAAUCUACAUCGACAUUGGGUCCCUUCAGGAAAGCCACGACCGCCAUGAUGACGCUUUGGCGUCGUUCGGAAAGUCGCUGGACGUUAUGGAAGCACCAAAGUACGCCGAUUAUCCUCAACUGGCUUGUGCCGUUGCUCACAAGCGAAUCGGCUUCCUGCUGGAGAAACAGGGCGACUUGGAGGCAGCAGCGAAGAGUUUCGCAAUAGCGUCUUCCAUCAACCAAAAGCUGGGGAGGAUUUCAAUCGAUGGCGAUGGCGUUGGUUCCUCUGACGUCCCUACGGCGUGUGCCCUGGAACAAUCGCGUCCUCCCUGUACCCACUAUGAACGCAACUGUACCAUGAUUGCACCUUGCUGUGGUGCCGCCUUUGGCUGUCGCAUCUGCCAUGAUGAAUGCCCCAACCUGCCCCCCAAAAUGGAACUGCAGUCGGCUUGUUACAAGGAGUCUUAA